AUGCAAUCGCACAACCGCUCGCUUCGCAACGCAUUCUGUCUCAUCUCAUCUCGACGUCAUUCUUUGCAUUCCACGUUUUCUUUGAACGCCAUGAAGGGUGCACUUCACUCGUACGUCUUUUACGGGUUCAAGCGAAUCAUGCAGCAGGCACCUUACUUUGUCCUGCCUUUCGGUGUCGGUUACGGACUUAUCGCUUGGGCAAAGAGCAAGAACGCCUACUACAACUCCAAGGCUGGUCACCUCGCACAUGGUCACGACGAGUAG